GUAAAGACGAUUUUAGGCUCACUCGUCAUUCAACGCAGUUCUGAGGAAGACGAGGGCAAGUACGAAUGCGUGGCACGCAACGACAAGGGAGUGGUGCACUCGCGGUCCGCCCACUUGUACGUGAAAGUGCGUCGUGUGCCACCCAACUUCUCGAUCCCUCCGCAUCGCAAGUAUCCGGUGAUGCCAGGUGGUAGUGUGAACUUGACCUGCGUCGCGUUCGGCCACCCGAUGCCGCGCGUCUUCUGGCGAAAGGGUGCCCACAACCUCGAGGACCCGGCACAGUCUCCGUACGGCCGCAACGUGCUGAUGCUACAGGACGUCGAGAACACCGAAAACUAUACGUGCGUCGCCUUCUCCAACCUGGGCAACAUCGAGGCGGUGACGACCGUCGAAGUAAAGUGUUAG